AUGGGGCUCCCGAAGGGCUUCUCUAGCCAACGGACAUGCCUAUCUGCCGUCCUCAACAUGCUAUCACUCAGCCUCUCCACAGCAUCCCUGCUCAGCAACCACUGGUUUGUGGGCACACAGAAGGUGCCCAAGCCCCUGUGCGGGAAAGGUCUACCAGCCAAGUGCUUUGACGUGCCGGUGCCCCUGGAUGGGGGCGGCAGCAACGCAUCUUCCCCGGAGGUGGUGCACUACAGCUGGGAGACCGGGGAUGACCGCUUCACCUUCCAUUCCUUCCGGAGCGGCAUGUGGCUAUCCUGCGCGGAGAUCAUGGAAGAGCCAGGGGAGAGGUGCCGAAGUUUCCUUGAACUCACACCACCAACCGAGAGAGGUGAGAAAGGACUACUGGAAUUUGCCACGUUGCAAGGCCCAUGUCACCCCACUCUCCGAUUUGGAGGGAAGCGGUUGAUGGAGAAGGCUUCCCUCUCCUACCCUCCCUUGGGGCUUGUGGCAAAGAUCCUAUGGUUAUCACUGGGAGCCCAGUUUGCCUACAUUGGACUUGAACUCAUCAGUUUCCUCCUGCUACUAAUGGACUUGCUGUUCAUGGGGAACCCUGGCUGCAGCCUCAAGCUGAGCGCCUUUGCCGCCAUCUCCUCUGUCUUGUCGGGCCUUCUGGGGAUGGUGGGCCAUAUGAUGUACUCACAAGUUUUCCAGGCAACGGCCAACUUGGGUCCAGAAGACUGGAGGCCACACGCUUGGAACUACGGCUGGGCUUUCUACACGGCCUGGGUCUCCUUUACCUGUUGCAUGGCAUCGGCGGUCACCACCUUCAACACCUACACCCGGCUGGUGCUGGAGUUCAAGUGCAAGCACAGUAAGAGCUUCCGAGGAGCCCCAGGCUGCCAACCGCAUCACCACCAGUGCUUCCUGCAGCAGCUGGCGUGCACAGCCCACCAGGGGGCCCCCGUGACCAGCUACCCCCAGUUCCACCGUCAGGCCAUCCGCUCCAUCUCCGAAGGGGUAGACUUCUACUCAGAACAACAUGACAAGGAACUUCAACGAGGUGCCAGCCAGGAGCCUGAGGCCAAAGCAGCUGGCUCAUCUGUAGAAGAGUGUUAG